AUGAGCAAACCAGUGGUCGUCAACUCCUCAGAGGAAUUCUCCCGGCUACUUACCUCGUCGAAGGUUGUUGUAGCAGACUUCUACGCGACCUGGUGUGGGCCAUGUACGAUUAUCGCCCCCGUUUUCGAGGAACUGGCCGCGCCGUUCUCGUGGCCGGAUGUCACAUUUGUUAAGAUCGAUGUCGACAAACAACAAGACAUCGCCCGGGCUUUUAAGGUCGCAGCUAUGCCGACGUUCUUAAUAUUCAAGGACGGUAAGGUCGUCGAUACAGUGCGUGGCGCCGAUUCGAAAGGCCUCACCAGCGCAGUCAAGAAACACACAUUAGGACUCGAGGGUGGAGAAUCAGCCAGUGGGGGCGCCGAUUCUUCGCCAGGCAGCACUUGGCUGGGCGCCGCCGUACCCAGGGGCUAUCAGGAUAUCACAGCGGCGGUUGAAGUCAAAGGAAUCGACUUGCUCAACUGCAACAAUGACGUUGCUCCCGGCCGAACACUCUUCGAUGCCUCUCAGCCUUCAGCGUUAACGCCCAAAGCCAAGUCAGAUGCUAAACCGGACUGGGUGGAAAGUGAUACUGACGAGCAGUUGAUGUUGUUCAUGCCGUUCAAGGCCUCGCUCAAGGUCCAUUCGAUACAGAUCACCUCCAUUAUUCCACCCAAAGUAGAGGACGAAGAGAUGCCCGUGCGCCCGAAGACGCUGAAAUUGUACGUCAAUCCGUCGCAUAUCAUCAAUUUCGACGAGGCAGAUGAUACGGAACCCACCCAGCAAGCCGUUAUCGCGCCGUCAGACUGGGAUGCAAAGACGGGAACGGCAAAGGUGGAGCUGCGGUUUGUGAAAUUCCAGCGCGUCACGUCCUUGGUGGUAUAUUUUGUUGAUGGAGAUGGGGAUGCAGAAAAGAUCCGGGUGGAUAGGAUAAGACUGUUCGGAGAAACUGGUGAGCAACUUGAGAUGGGCAAGCUGGUCAAGUUCGGAGAGGGAGCAGAGUGA